AUUAAACGUGUCACAAAAACACAGUCACGUCGUCCGUCUCUAUUUUGUAUAAUAAGUUGGGGCCUACCUCCAUGGUUGGGGAGAGUGGUGAACAAACCCAUCAAAUCGCUAUCACAGAAAGAGCCAGAAAUCGAGUCAAGUUCGACAUUCAGAGAAAUGUGAUAUAUUUGACAGCAACAACCUUGAGGAGGAUACAAGAUGUCUUUCUUUGAGGGACUUGGUUCAGCCGUAGAAAAAAGCACAGUUGUUCUGGACAUUGGCGCUGCAUAUACCAAAGUUGGUUUUGCAAGCGAGACAGGACCUCGUGCAAUCAUCCAAAGCUCCGUAAAGCAGCCUCGUACCGGCCAAGAGGUGAAAGUGUGUGAUUUCUCAAACUCAGAGGAACUCUAUGAUGUUUUAGUUGACUUUCUACAUGUUGUGUAUUUUCGUCACCUGUUGGUAAACCCUCGGGAUAGGAGGCUAGUAAUCUGCGAGUCCAUCCUCUGCCCAUCACAGUUUAGAGAGACAUUGGCCAAGGUUCUGUUCAAACACUAUGAGGUUCCUUCAGUUCUCUUUGCACCAUCUCAUCUCCUGGCUUUAUUCACACUUGGCAUAGAAACAGCUCUUGUCCUUGAUGCUGGCUACUCUGAGACCAUCGUCCUGCCAAUCUAUGAAGGUGUGCCUAUAAUAAAGGGAGUACAGGCCUUGCCUUUGGGAGCUAAGGCCAUUCACAGUAACUUGCAAAGUAGACUUUUGGAAGAUGGUGUGGUGAAAGGAAAGGGUGAUGGAGAUAGAUCUUUAUCAUCAGCAAUGGGUAGCAUACCAGAGGAAACAUUAGAGGAUAUUAAAGUGAGGACGUGUUUUGUGACCAACAUGGAUAGGAUAAAACUCAUACAACAAAGCAUACUACAGGCUGACCCAAGCAAGAGGCCAGCUACACCUCCUGCUGUGGAAUAUCCUCUAGAUGGAGGUCAAAUCUUGACUCUUAGUGGAGAUAUAAGAGAAACAGCAUGUGAGGUUCUCUUUAAUCAGGACAAUGAAGAGACAUCCAUAGCAACAUUGAUUCUUGACUCUAUUCUCAAGUGUCCUAUUGAUAUGCGGAGUGUUCUGGCCAGUAAUCUUGUUACCAUUGGAGGUACAUCAAUCCUUCAAGGCUUCAAUCACCGUCUUCUUGCAGAGGUCCAUCAGCUCCUGAAGAAACCAAAGUAUAGAGAAGAUUUAGCUGUCACUAUGUUCAAGAUACAUGAGCCUCCAUCACAGGCUAACUACACUGCAUGGCUUGGAGGUGCCAUAUUUGGGGCUUUGGAGAUCCUAAGCUACAGAUCACUGUCCAAGGAUGCUUAUCUGAAAUAUGGUAGAGUGCCAGACUGGUGCUCAUUAGACCAAAGCACAAUGGAGAUUGAUCCUCUUAGUAAAGAUAAAACACCUCGUCGUUUAUUCAGGGAAUCCUUUGACAUGCAGGCUAGUUUUGAGAAAUAAAGGACAGUCUGAUGUUAUAUAUCAUUGGUACGUGAGUGAAUCAAACUACUUUUACAGUUGGUUUUGAAGAGAUGAUUAUGUGAAACUGUGAAAGACUAUCUGGAAUUGUGGUUGUUGCUUAACGAAUUACAGAAUAUUAACAGUUAAUUUAUUUAUUAAUGUAUUUGCUUGUUAUGGUAUUUAUUAAGUUUUGGACUCAUGUUCAUAAGUUGGUAGUACAAUUGCAAUAUUGUGGGAGUUCUAAACAACUUUCGGUACCUCCUUACAUGUAUAGGGUGUUGCCCCUCUGACAUUCAACUUACCCUUCAGUCAUUAGAUGUUAGAUAUUGCAAUACUGUACUGUGACCAUUUAUCAGCUAAGACUGUGAGCCAUAAACAAAGUGUCGUCUCUGAUAGUUGUCUCUGAAUUCAUAAUACCUGAUACAUAAUGAUGAUUAUCACUUGCAAGAUGCUAUUUUGUGUCGUUAUUCACGCAAAAGGGUAAAUAUAUGCUUAGUAGACUGUCACAUGUGAAAUAGUCUCUUAUGACAUGGGUACUAGUAUUCCAAAGCUUUAGCAUCGAUCUAGUUAUAUCCAACGUGAUAUGAAAGCAGAACAAAUUUAUGUAAAUCCGUGUUUUCCUGAACUCUGUGGUACCGUUGUAGAGAAAUAUGAUGUAUAUAGUCAAACAAAUAUAACAUUUUGUAUUUCACUUUAGCUCCUCUUGGCAUUGGAAGUUGUAUUUUGAUUACCUCAGGGGCUAAUAUCGACUGUCCACUCAAAAUAAUCCAUCAUGUUAUAUUUGUACAUUGUUCUACAUUUAGCUGGUAGCAUGGUUAUACUGUAAUCAUGUACAGGUGUAGCUUAACUGACGAGUAGACAUGUAAUACUGACAUCUGAGCAAACAGGAGCAAUUCAAUCAAUAAUGGAAUAAAAGAGUAGCGAAAAGUUCUUAAACGGUCGUUUAAAAUCAGUAGGGUCGUUGCUGUGUGAUAAGAGCCUGAGCCUAAGGCGAGGGCCCUUAUUGCACGGCAACGACCCUGCGAGGUUUUAAAUGACCGUUUAAGAGCGAGUCACUACUCUUUUUAUUCCCAUUCAUAAAUGCCUUUUUGGUUAAAAGGCAUAAUGAAGUAAUAAACUCUGUAAAACUUAUCCGUUCCGACAUGCUUAAGCUCUUUACGUCUGUGUGUUGCACUGUAAUGACUGAGACAACAGUUUCCGGAUCCGUUUGUGCAUGUAUAGUCUUGGUGCAAGACAUUCUUGUUUUCUUUUCUCACACAGCGCGGCCAACUCACUGACAGCGCCCGCAUCGCCCGUAACAAGAAACGUCUUGCACCAAGACCAGCUCAUAGUAUCCGAAAAUAGCCGGUUAUAAACAGAGCUCCAGCUGGUUAUCGUCAACCGUUUAAACACCCCCACAUGACGUGCUCUCCACCAAUAGGAAUAGCGAAACUGUCUGAGGUAUUUAUUAAUUGUUUAUAAUGGCCAUAUUCCUUCAAGGGUGCUUGCUAGCAUUAUACUUUGACCCUUUCAUCAAAUUGUUCUUUUUGGACUACAGCCGUGGUCGCAUUGGACUUAAAAUGGUUAACUUACUGUCGCAAAUUGCUAACUUAUCAAGAUUAAGUCCAAUUGCGAACAGUCGGUAAUAUACGGGGCUGGUAAGUUACCGCCACGGCGCUGUUAUAUUAACAGGUCAAUUCAAGCCCCGGUAACUUAACAAUGUUAACUUAACGGGGACAAGAAAUCCAAAAUGUGACGAACGCACCACUCCGCUAAUUUAACAAUACUGUCACGUAACUUAUUUUUAAAAGGUUUGAUGAUGUCCGAACCAUUCGCGUGCAAUACACGCUGCUCCAAAAAUUUCAGGUUAAAAAGCAUAGCUGUGUUUCCACUGCGUACACAGCGUGCGGAGCCCAAGCCCGAGCUGGAGUCCAAUCUGAGGUUUUAGAAAGGCUUCUGUUGAGUUACCGGACAGAAGUUAAUCCAAGUGCGAACAGCUGUUAACUUACCGGCCCGGUUAGUUAACUUACCGGCCCGGUAAGUUACCAUACCCAAAAGACUGUUGAACUUAUUGAAACAUUACCAGCACACCCUGUACAGCGAAGUUAUUAAACUAUGCUAGAACUUUAAUUCAUUCAUUUAUUUAUUUAUUUUUAGCAUUGUAAUUAUUGUUUUGUAAAUUUUCAUUUCGUGCAAUGUUUGGUUAUAGACACCGGGCACCUUUGGUAAUUGUCAAAGAUCAGUCUUCUCACUUGGUGUAUCUCAACAUAUGCACAAAACAACAAACCUGU